UUUUAAGAACAGUAUCACAAAAAUGGAUAGAGAAAAAAUCCUCGGCUUUCCACUCUACAAGUAGUCUCACUGAGGGUGCGCGUUCACGCGCAGGGGAGGACGAUUCCGUGGACUGCACAACACCGGACCCGUCCCUACAAUACUCAACCGACCGUGGAGCCGCGAGAGCACCGAGAGAGAGAUGGACGGAGUGGGAUCGUUCGGAGCCGGUCGUGCCGGAGCUGUUUUCGACCCGAUUGCUUUUGCCAAGCAACCGCAGACCAUCCUCAGAGUCUUAUCAUGGGUGUUUUCCCUGGUGGUUUUUGCGUCCAUCGUGAACGAGGGUUACGUGAACAUGGGCAGCGAGCGUCUGCACUGUGUGUUCAACAAGAACGCUGACGCGUGUAACUAUGGCGUGUUCCUGGGCCUGGUGGGCCUGCUGGCCUGCUCCUUCUUCUUCCUCCUGGACUACAAGUUCCAGCAGCUCAGCUCCAUCAAGGACAGGAAGAAGGCUGUGAUGCUGGAGGUGGGCUUCUCGGGUUUCUGGACUUUCCUGUAUUUCGUGAGCUUCUGUUUCUUGGCCAAUCAGUGGUCUCGAACCUCUGCUGACGAGCUGCCUCUCAACCAGGGGGCGGAUGCUGCCAGGGCUGCCAUUGCCUUCUCAUUCUUCUCUAUACUGACCUGGGCUGGUCUGACUGUGUUGGCGGUUAAGAAGUACCUACUGGGGACAGACAUGACACUGUUCACCACUGAGCACCUAGAUGUCAACACAGGGGCCCAGCCCUACCCCACCAUCUCACCUGGGGGCCCCGCUCAGCCCACAGAGACCUACCAGAGCCCCCCCUUCACCGAGGGUCUGGAGAACGACGCUGCCGCCCCCACAUACCAGGUUCCCAUCUACUGACAACCCCCCCCCCAAAGAAGAGAGGGAGGGGGGAGUGGUACAAAGAGAGGGAGGGGUGGAGAGCGAGCGCCUGGGAGACUGGUUGCACUUCCAGUGUAUGUGUGUGUGUUCCCUGAGGGGGGAGAGUGUGUUGGUUUCUGUUAUAAAGGAUGUGUCUUGGUGUGGUUGUGUGAACAGUUGGGUGUUUCGUUGUGUUGGGGGGCGGUUGGUCUGGGAGCUGGGGGAUAGAAGUGUGUGGAUCACUCAUAGCACACUGGGUCAAGGCUGGGGGAGUGCUUCUCUUUGUUUACCGCUGCCUGCCAUCAGUAUUCAGUAUUGUUGUUGAUGUUAUUUAUCUGUUCACCUGGUUCAGGUCACACAGAGGGUAAUGAAACAGGGACUAGUCCAGGACUCCAUCCAAAACGCGUGCUGGACAAAACAGUAGUAAGCGACACAUAACAGUAGCCUACUUAAAAUAAAGAAAAAAGUAUUAAAUUGUCUCUUUAUUGCCAAUGAAAGGGGAGUCUUUAGUUGCAUAUGGUGUAUUAAGUAGUCCAUCCCUUCACUUGCCUGCAACGACAAUUGUACUAUCUGCAUGUUUUUGACUUAGAUAUCAACUAAGUGCCAUACUGUACUGUAGUCUGUGUCUCAGACAGUGACUUGAAAUAGUCGUUAUAUUUUUCCACACGCUGUAAAAACGUUACGUGACCAAGUGCAAUAUCUCACAUUGUGUGUAGGCUUAGCCACAGACAAGAUUUGACGUUUCGUCUCAAAUCCCGCCUGCGUGGUUCUGGGUCCCUCCUCUCAAACCCGGGUGGCUAACGCUAACAUGCUAACCAUUAGCUGCUCUGGUUUGCAGCCUUUAGAGCCGGACAGGGGGGUUGCCAUGGCACUGGCAGAUGUGGCGGGGCAGGGGCAGAGAAGAUUUGGACUGAAUCAGGUACGUUUAUGUUUACGGUUUAGAAGCUGCCAAACUGCCCUGGGUUCUUAAACUUAACCUUUUAUUACUACUGUAUAUUGUUAGUAUUUUUAUUUCUUUUUUUUUAAUCUCAAAGGUGAUCGGUCGGUUAGCUCGCAUGUAAAGAGGAGUUCAGUGUCGAUGUGACUGGCUAAUUCAUUGAUCUCGGCUUUGCUACUGAAGCAACCGUCAAGUGGGUUGAAGCGUGUUGCCAUGGUGAAAGUGUCAGGGUUGGGAGGGGAGGGUGUUUGUGUGCUUGUGUGUGUGUGUGUGUCUGUGUGUGUGUGUGUGUGUGUGUGAAAGAGAGUAUUUGUUGUGAAAGGUCUGUAUAAAAAAAAGGCCUACAUUCUGAUGUGUAAAUAAUUAUUUUCAUUGACAUGUAGUCUGUUAAGUGAGAGGAACAUGCCACUUUCUGAGUUUCCCCGAGGUGGUAGAAUCAAUAUUGUCCAUGUAUACCAAGGAUGUGAAACGUAUAUUUACUCGUGUCAAUAUGGAGUUUGCGUCUUGAUGAAAGAGCGAAAUAUGAAGAAUUAUAUAUAUAUAAGAUUGAUAUUAUUGACGUCCAGAAUGCCUUGCCUGCUCUUUCUGGACACGCAUAAGAGCCCCCUCUUCUGGUAGCUAACGGUGGUGCACAGGAGGUUUCUGUCUGUCAGAAAAGGAAGUAUGGAUGCAUGAAAUAUUGUAUUAUGAACUGUUCCAUGUUGAAUACUGUAUGAUUCUUCUGUUUAGGAGCCAAUCAGUCUGAAUUGAGAUUUGAUUAAAAAAAAAAGAAGAAGAAAUUGAUAACUCAGAGAUUGAAUUAAUUGAACAAUGUCAGGUCGCCUCUGGUAUAACAGCAGAGUUACAUGAAGUAGCGAAGUGGAAACGAAGACAUGUAACAGCACCAGUCAUGUCUGUACGGUGUUACAGGUGUGUCAUGUCUGUACGGUGUUACGGGUGUGUAUCAGUCUAACCUUUGGGGGGGGGGCGGGGGGGUGAAGAUUCUCGGUGCUUCUCUUUAAUGUUAUAGAAACAUUCUGUGUUUGUUCUCUCGACUAGACUCACGUGCACUAGAGUGGUAUUGAUUGUAUCUAAGUACGUAUUUACUUAAUGGAACCCGUAUGUGAUGGUGUCCUGGGUCUGCUGUGUCAUGUACUAAUGAAGAGUAUAGUAAUAAGAUUAACAAUAAGGAUAAUAAUGCACUCUUGUUGGAAAUGCUUUGUGCGACCAGUGUUAAAGGGACAGUCCACUGCAAAAUCAAUAUUGCUUUCAGAUCUUAAAAGGGAUCUGGUUGUGACAAGUCUUUGGCAAGUGUUAGUGUGGAUCCAGUUGACAGGCCUGCACUGUGCAUACUCCACAGGAGCCAGGCAGGUGUAGCUUCAUCCACACACUGGCUUCACAGGAUGCUGGGUUGUGGGUUCCUCAGACGGUCCACGUUCAACUCUCUUUGGAGGUAUGAAAACAUCAGGCAGCCUUUGAUUUUUGGGUGGAUUAUUCCUUUACUGUUGUUUCUGUUUAGUUCCCUCUUGUUCUGGGUCAUUCCUCAGUGUACAAAGAUCAGUGUCACUGUCCAUGUUACUGCAGUCUGACAUCACUCUAAUAAAGCAGACCAUUUUGGAGG